GAGAGAGAGAGGGAGAGAGCGCGAGAGACAGAGGGAGGGACAGAGUAUUGCGUUCUCUCCGCUUGUCUUUUCAUAUUUAACUCUUUAAGUCGUUGUUGUUAUCACAGUCCCAGACGUCACCGCUAACUGGAAACACCAAAAACUCGUCUACAAUGGCUUGUUGUGCUGUAAUACGCCACUGAAGAAACGCCUGCCUCUAAUUGUAUUCGGCUUUAAAAGACCCUUCAGACCAUGAACUACGUGGGGCAGUUGGCGGGCCAGGUGUUCGUUCAGGUCAAAGAGCUGUACCGAGGCCUCAAUCCUGCCACCCUCUCAGGCUGCAUCGAUGUCAUUGUAGUGAAGCAGCCCGAUGGCUCCUUGCAGUGCUCGCCCUUCCAUGUCCGCUUCGGCAAAAUGGGCGUCCUCCGCUCUCGGGAAAAACUGGUGGACAUGACGAUCAAUGGAGAAGCGGUGGAUCUGCACAUGAAGCUCGGGGACAACGGAGAGGCAUUCUUUGUGCAAGAAAUGGAAAAUAAUCAGGAAGUGGUUCCAUCCUACCUGGCCACCUCACCCAUCAUGUCAGACGGAGCUUCACUCAUGAGCGCCGGCCUUCGAGCCUCGAGCUCCGGGCCACAGGUACAGACUCUGGGCUCCACGGGAGUCCACGGAGAGAAUGGCGGCGGAAUGAUGAAGAAGAGGAGGAAGAGGAGGAGGAAGGUUCGGGCGGACAGCUUGCGGCGGGAGGAGAGCGGAGACUACUCCGGAGACGAUGACAUGUUCACCAUAGACAUCAGCUCGGAUGAAGGCGCGGAGAUGGAGAACAACAGGUCUCGAGACGUCUUAAGAGACGAGACAACCGCUUGUUCAACCAGUGAUUCCUACAAACAGGCUGGCAUUUACACUCGCUCAGAUGGUGACUGGAGUCCAGUGCAGAGCCCAGGAAACUCACGUCCCACUUCCCCAAAGAGUGACUCGGAACUAAUGAACAAGCCGUCCGACAACCAGAAUCCAGCAAUGCACUGGGCGUGGGGAGAGCUGCCACAGGCUGCCAGGCCGUCCUUCCUCCCCGUGAAACCUGACCCUCCGCCAGUCUGUCCUGUGUCCAUCCCUCUUUCUGAAAGCACACAUUUCCGUGUGAUCACUCGCGAGACAUCCUCUGAGAUACCAGCCCUCAGACUGCUGAUGUUAGGGGAGACCACAGUCACGGAGGAGACGGUCAUCGCAGACGGGAUGGAGUCAGAAUCCACGAGGCUCGAGUCACACACGGUAACCUCACAGGCGCAGGUCAUGGCUGCGGAGAGCGUGGCUGCUCGUAUGAUGGCUGACAUGGAGGAGACACUGCAGCGCCCUCUUGGCAAGACUGACUCUCCGUCCAAGAGAAAAGACAAGAGGAGCCGCCAUCUUGGUUCUGACGGCGUUUACCUGGAUGACAUCACAGAGCUGGAGCCUGAGGUGGCAGCUCUUUACUUCCCCAAGAGCGACGGCGGUGCAACAGUGAGGAGCAUGUCCGACCUGGGCUUCCACAGCACCAGUAUGUCCCCACAGUCGCUCAGCUCCGGAGGAGACAGCGAAGUGGACAGCUCCUGUGACCCCAUGUCUGACCUGCCGUCUAUCGCCAUUUCUCUGUGUGGAGGACUCAGUGAAAAUAGGGAAAUCACUAAAGAGCAGUUUCAUGAGAAGAUCAUCUCCUAUCAGCAGUUCAUAGAGAACCCCGCCAUCAUCGACGACCCCAACCUAGUUGUUAAAAUGGGCUCCAAGUAUUAUAACUGGAGCACUGCAGCUCCACUUAUGCUGGCUAUGCAGGCCUUUCAGAAACCUCUGCCAAAGGCUACAGUGGAAAACAUCAUGCAGGAGAAGAUGCCCAAAAAAGGAGGGAGGUGGUGGUUCUCCUGGAGAGGCAGAAACAGCAGCACCAAAUCGAAUUCGAUGUCUGAAUGUGGGGCCUGUGGCUCCGUUGAGCAGGCUGUGAAUAUGACGAGCAGGCAUAAAGAAGAGACGUCCUCGAGUGAUGAAGACCACAGAGCCACCAGCCAGUCUUCUCCCGCUGUCCAAUCAGAGCCCGGGAUCGCACAAGGAGGCGUGUCUUAUAAGAAAACCCUGCGACUCACGUCAGAGCAGCUGAUGUCUCUCCAGCUGCAGGAGGGUCCUAACGAGGUCGUGUUCAGUGUGACGACUCAGUACCAGGGAACGUGUCGCUGUCAGGGAACCAUCUACCUCUGGAACUGGGACGACCGGAUCAUUAUCUCAGACAUAGAUGGAACCAUCACCAGGUCGGACACACUUGGACACAUCCUGCCCACGCUCGGGAAAGACUGGACCCACCAGGGUAUUGCACACCUUUAUCACAAAGUCAGCCAAAAUGGCUACAAGUUCCUGUACUGCUCCGCUCGAGCUAUCGGCAUGGCCGACAUGACCAGAGGUUACCUGCACUGGGUGAAUGAGAGAGGCACCAUGCUUCCUAUGGGCCCUGUGCUUCUGAGCCCCAGCAGCCUGUUUUCAGCUCUGCACAGGGAGGUCAUUGAGAAGAAACCAGAGAAGUUCAAGGUGGAGUGUCUCAAUGAUAUCAAGAACCUCUUCUACCCCAACACAGAGCCUUUCUAUGCAGCGUUUGGCAACAGACCAACGGACGUGUACGCCUACAAAGAAGUAGGCGUGCCGCUGAACAGGAUUUUUACUGUCAACCCCAAAGGCGAACUGGUGCAGGAGCACGCCAAGACCAACAUCUCAUCCUACGCACGCCUCGGCGAGGUGGUCGACCACGUGUUCCCUCUGAAGAUGCGUGCCUCGUCCUCAGAUUUCCCCUGCUCCGACACUUAUAGCCACUUCACGUACUGGAGGGAUCAGCUCCCCCGGGUGGCUCAUCAGGGAACUACACCUCCACACACUCCCGGCUCCAGGAGCUGACGACCUGUGAACCUGCUGAAUGACUGAGUGACAGACACAUGAGUGUAAUUUAUGAAUGUUUGUGACAGACAGGAGCACUUUUGUAGCUCGCAGUAGAGAGUCACCGCAGUCGGCCAUUCUGCUGUGAAUAGUCUUAUCAUGCACAAUAUAAUAUAUAAGAGCACUUUUAAUCGAAAAAGAUGGCAACGCUGUCAUCUGUUUGUAUAUGAGAGAUAAUCAUGAGAAUAUAUUCAGGCAGCUUAGCACGUAUAUAUUAUUUUUUUUGUGAGAGAUUGAGUGCACAUUUCAGUAGCUAGACUUCAAAUUGACAUACGCUCAUAGUUUCAUACUUAUAUGUAAGAGUGUAAGCGUGAGAGAACACGAUCAUACUGUGCAGACUGUGCCAAAUACAGAAUUUAUUUUCUUACUCAUAACCUUUGUCAUUAAAGACUGUUACAGAUUAUCGUCAAUCAGCACGAACAUGCAAGCGAAUAUAUGCAAGAUAGUUUAACUUUGUAGCGACGUACAGUACUGUAUAUAUUCUGUUUGACAGAAAUUAGUCAAGUCAGUAUUUAUUAUUCUGAGUGGCAGUAAAAAUGUAUCGAAUAAACAAGUAUCUAUGUAGUUUUGUUAGUUGACAGUUGUGAAUGACUAUUUAUUGCCGAGGAAAGAAAAUGUAAUAAGAAAGCGCGGUUAUCAAAUCAUGUUUUCAUCAGAAACGAAACCUCUGCGGUGCGCUGCAUUCCUAUAAUUUAUUUAUACGGAAAAACAAGCCGAUCGUCUCACCUGUGUCACGUGAUGAGCAACUGACUGAUGGGGAAAAUGUAGCUCAGCACUGGUUCUUUUCACCGCGUUGUAAUUGCCGUCCUCUGCAGAAUACGACUCAGAUCCAAAGCCCUGCUUUAAAAAAUCAUUAUCAGACUCCGACAGUGCAAGUUACAAUAUCACAGA